AUGUGUGUCUAUAAUGUGAAGACUAGCAAAGAAGUUGACAACCUUUUGCUGUUUGGUAUGAACAAGCUCAUCUCCUCUCACACACUCCACAUGCUCUUACGGCUGUGUGAUGUGAGGUCUAAAGUAGUUGAUGGUUUUCACUGGCAUCCGUGCAUCAUUUCUGCUAUGUCAUCUUAUCUUUUAAUUGUUAAAUCUGAACUUCCUGGUGCUGUUGCAGGAUUCUUAAGUGGAGACGAGAGCGGGUCUUGGUACCUCGAUGGGAGACUCCUGCUACUGAUUACUUCAGUCUUUAUUGUUUUUCCUCUUGCACUUUUUCCUAAAAUUGGCUUUCUUGGCUACACAAGUAGUUUAUCAUUUUUCUUUAUGGUGUACUUUGCUCUCGUGAUUAUGAUUAAAAAAUGGUUGAUCCCUUGUCCUCUACCUCUAAGUAGUGCCAUAGAGACUUUACAGGUUUCAAAUUCUACUGGGGACUGUAAAGCAAAGCUCUUUCAUCUUUCAAAAGAGAGUGCUUAUGCAAUACCAACUAUGGCCUUCUCUUUUCUGUGCCAUACCUCAGUCUUACCCAUCUAUUGUGAGCUCCAGAGUCCAUCCAAAAGUAGAAUGCAGAAUGUAACCAUCACAGGAAUUGGUCUGAGUUUCCUAAUUUACUUCCUGUCUGCUCUGUUUGGGUACCUGACAUUUUAUGACAAAGUGGACUCUGAAUUGCUGCAGGGUUACAGCAGGUACCUGCCACAUGAUACUGUCAUCAUGACUGUUAAAGUAGCCAUACUGUUGGCUGUGCUUUUGACAGUCCCUCUGAUCCAUUUCCCAGCAAGGAAAGCUGUGUUCAUGGUAUUUUUCUCUCAUCCUCCUGUGUCAUGGAUUUGCCAUAUCCUUGUCACUUUAAUGCUGAAUACAGUUGUUGUUUUGUUUGCAAUGUACGUGCCAGACAUGAAAAGUGUAUUUGGAGUAGUUGGUUCAACCACAUCAACAUGUUUGCUUUUUGUGUAUCCUGGACUAUUUUAUCUUAAACUUAGCAGAGAAGACUUUCUAUCACCACAGAAACUUGGGGCAUGUGCACUGGUUAUUUUUGGCUUAUGUGCUGGCCUUCUCAGUUUAGUUCUAAUAAUUUUCAGUUGAAUUGAUCAGUAACACCCUAUUGUCACUGUCUGAAUUGAGCUCCAGAAGGAC